CAGGAGCUGUGUCGCCUAGACCGAUUAGUUAUCGAUAGCCAGCUAUCGAAUAACACUGACUGCUGACAGAAAUUCUUGCUGUAAGUUGAGAGAAAUAAGUGUGCGGCUUCCAUAUUCAUCGUAUCUUCAGAGAAUCCAUUUCAUCCUGCCGGCAGAUCCGUCGACAAAUCUGAUUGUCAACUAUAUGCCGCAGAAUAUGGACGAGGACGAGCUGAACGCCAUGUUCAACAUAUUUGGGCCGAUUGCACGGUCCAAAGUUGUCCGUCAGUCUAAGACGCAUAAGAGCCUCUGCUACGGCUUCGUCCAAUUUGAGGCGGCCGAAAAUGCGAUGUUGGCCCAAAUCAGCUUGAACGGUCGCUCGUUGCGUGGCAAGCGCAACUCGGAGAUUAAACAUGCCACUGUGUUUGUGACCAAUCUGCCGAAUGACGAGCAACAGAACUUUGCAUUUAUUAGCUUCGUUUCGAGAUUCUCGGCUGCGCUGGCCACAUCCUCGAUGCAUGGCUACCAGCUGGAGAAUUGUUUAAUGCCGGUGAUGGUCAAGUUGGCGACUCGAUCAAUGAACAACGCAAUCUACAGCAGGUCUAAAUCCAAUCAUUUUGUACAAACUAACUGAAAUAAAGUGAAAUGCAAGCGGAUAAGUUGGCAAAGUUCCACGGUUAAAGUCAA